GUGAACCGAGCGGCGCUCACAGCGGCGGGCAGCGAGAAUGGCGCCGCGUGACUACGAGGGGGAGAAAGAGAAGGCGAAGCGAUUCCUGCGGGAUUUCUGUCGCCACGGCGCAGACGGCAAAGAGUUCCCGUACCGACAGCAGCUGGCCCUGCUGGCUCACCGGGAGCUCCGUGCCGUGUGGGUGUCGCUGUCGGACGUGGCAGAGGAGGAUCCGGCCCUGGCGGAGGCGGUGGUGGAAAACGGGCGCCGUUACCAACAGCUCUUCAGCGACGCCGUGCAGGAACUGCUGCCCGACUUCCGGCAGCGCCCGGUGUCUCAGCGGGACGCCCUGGAUGUGUUCAUUGAGCACCGUCUGCUGUUGGAGCAGCGCGGCCGUGAGGGGGGGGCUGCACGCCCCCCCCACCAGAUGUACCCCCCUGAACUGCUGCGCCGGUUUGAGCUGUACUUCACCCCCCCGGACACCUCGAAGCCCCUCCCCAUCCGCGCCGUCCGGGCCGACUGCAUCGGGCGGUUGGUGACGGUGCGCGGCGUCGUCACCCGCGUCAGUGACGUCAGACCCAGAAUGGCGGUGGCCACGUACAGCUGCGACCAAUGCGGGGCCGAGACGUAUCAGCCUGUGGGUUGGGGGGGGGGGUUGUGGG